UUUGAAGUUUACAGCCAGUACGGCUGGCCCCGUGGUCUGUAAAUACACCCGCAAAAAACAUUCCGUUCCCCACUCCUGACAUGUACAUACUGUGUAUAGUUAAAUAAGGAAAGAGUAGCAGCAAGAUGAUCGACCCCAGCUCAUCGGAGGAGGACAGUGAUGAUGAACACAAGAAACAGCCCUCCAAACUACCUGUGGUGCCUCCAGGCGGCCUGGCGGGGGGCCGCCCCUCGGUGCGGGGGAAGCCGGAAAUACCACGGGGCUCCACCGCCGGGCUUCCAGGGGCAAGUCCACUAACAACGGGGCCAGUGUCAGCGCCGUUACAUCCGGCAACACGACAGCGGGAACAAACAGCAGCCCUCGCGCCGCCGCAGCACGCAUCGUUCUUACGCAGGACGUCGACGGGCAGCGCCAGCUCGGGGGAGGCGCCCGCCCCCUCCCCCUCCCCUAGCGGCACCAGCCACUCAGACAAGGAUCAGGAUCCACAGGAGAAGAUCGAGAAGCUAGAGGAGGAUAAGAAGAAGCGUCUGCAGCUGUACGUGUUCGUGUCGCGAUGUAUCGCGCACCCGUUCAACGCGAAACAGCCGACGGACAUGACGCGGCGACACACCAAGCUCACGCCGCACCAGCUGGAGACCAUACAAGCGAGGUUCCAGGCUUUCCUCAAAGGCGAGACACAGAUUCUAGCGGACGAAGCGUUCCAAAACGCGGUCCAGUCCUACUACGACGUGUUCCUUAAGUCGGAGCGAGUUGAGCAGAUGGUGAAGGCGGGAGCCUGCUCUCAUCAUGAUUUCCGUGAAGUUUUCAGGAACAACAUCGAGAAGAGAGUCAGGUCUUUACCCGAAAUAGAUGGACUUAGCAAAGAAACUGUGUUGACAACGUGGCUCGCAAAAUUAGACUGCAUCAUGAAAGGGACAGGGAUAACAGGAAUACCUGGUGAUGAUGAAACGAAGCGGCCGUCUCGGGCUCAGCAACAGAGUCUCAACGCGGAAUGUAUCCUGAGCAAAGAACAACUCUACGAUAUGUUCCAGCAAAUUCUUGGUGUCAAGAAGUUUGAACAUCAGCUGCUUUUCAACGCUUUGCUUUUAGAUUCGGCCGAUGAACAAGCUGCUGCGAUCAGAAGAGAACUUGAUGGAAGAAUGCAGAAAGUCAACGAAAUGGAGAAGAAUAGGAAGCUGAUGCCGAAAUUCGUUCUCAAGGAGAUGGAAUCGCUGUACAUCGAAGAGCUCAAGUCGUCCAUCAAUUUGUUGAUGGCCAAUUUAGAAUCACUACCCGUGUCCAAGGGUGGUGCUGACUCUAAAUAUGGCCUUCACAAAAUCAAGCGGUAUAAUCACAGAUCGAACGCUGGGCCAGACCCGAGUCCAAGGUUGAGUAAGCAGCUAUGUUUCAGAUCGCAAGGCUCUUUAGCGAAUAAGUUGACUGGUGGGGAAUCGGAUGGGACCGAUGUGGAUACACAACUGACAAAAAUGGAUGUUGUUCUAACAUUCCAAAUAGAGGUUGUAGUGAUGGAAGUAAAAGGUUUGAAAUCCCUAGCUCCUAACAGAAUUGUUUACUGUACAAUGGAAGUAGAAGGUGGUGAUAAAUUGCAAACCGAUCAGGCUGAAGCUUCAAAACCUAUGUGGGAUACUCAAGGAGACUUCAGUACAACUCAACCGCUUCCGGCAGUUAAAGUAAAGUUGUACACUGAAAACCCAGGGGUUCUCGCUCUAGAAGAUAAGGAACUUGGAAAGGUUGUACUACGACCGACACCGUUGUCUAAUAAGGCGCCGGAAUGGCAUCGUAUGAAUGUACCGAAGAAUUCUCCAGAUCAAGACCUGAGGAUCAAAAUUGUGUGUCGAAUGGAUAAGCCACUGAAUAUGAAACAUUGCGGGUAUUUGCACGUAAUUGGAAAGGCGGUGUGGCGAAAAUGGAAGAGACGAUACAUGGUUUUGGUUCAAGUGAGCCAAUACACGUUCGCGCUCUGCUCAUACAAAGACAAGAAGUCCGAACCAGCCGAAAUGAUGCAGCUCGAUGGAUUCACCGUGGACUACAUCGAGUUGGCUAGCGCUCAAUUAAUGGUUGGACAAGGUAAGCAAAAGGCAGAAUUGGAAGGGGCAAAGUAUUUCAUGAAUGCCGUAAGGGAUGGGGAAUCGGUACUGAUGGGAGUGAGUGACGAAAACGAGUGUCACCUCUGGGUGAUGGCGUUGUACCGGGCGACCGGGCAGAGUCACAAGCCGACGCCACCGACGACCUCAGACACACACAUCAAGAUCAUGGGAGAUGCAGACAAAGCUCGCAAGCACGGCAUGGAAGAUUACAUCCAGGCUGAUCCUUGCCAAUUUGACCAUCACCAGCUGUUCACAGUAUUGCAGUCCUUGACGCUCAAGUAUCGAUUGCAAGAUCCAUACUGUUCGCUGGGUUGGUUUUCACCUGGUCAAGUGUUCGUUUUGGAUGAAUAUUGCGCUCGCUACGGCGUGCGUGGCUGCUAUCGUCACCUUGGCUACCUAUCUGACUUGCUAGAUGUGGCCGAAAGUGGAACCCAGACUGUUGAUCCGACGCUCAUGCACUACUCCUUCGCGUUCUGCGCCAGUCAUGUACACGGUAACAGUACGGCCACAUUGCCUGGCAGGCCUGAUGGUGUGGGCAGCAUCACGGUUCAAGAGAAGGAAAAAUUCGCGGAGAUCAAAGAACGCCUUAAGACCUUACUGCAGCAUCAGAUCACUAACUUCAGAUAUGCAUUCCCAUUCGGUAGACCUGAGGGUGCACUUAAGGCAACUCUGUCGCUUUUGGAGCGCGUUUUGAUGAAGGAUGUGGUGACACCUGUCGCGCCAGAGGACGUUCGGAGCAUGAUUCAAACAAGCCUGGAGAAUGCUGCGUUACUCAACUAUCAAACACUGAGUCAAAAGGCAAAUAUUGAAGAGGAUCUUCGAGGCGAAACAAUGGUGACUCCUGCUAAGAAGCUGGAGGAUCUGAUUCGUCUGGCCGAGUUGUGCGUUGAUCUGCUUCAGCAAAACGAAGAACACUACGCCGAGGUUUAUAACACUAAACCCGAUUCUAACGGACAGCCAAACGCGUUCGCGUGGUUCUCAGAACUGCUUGUGGAGCACGCGGAGAUAUUCUGGGCAUUGUUUGCUGUUGACAUGGAUCGAGUACUGUCGGAGCAACCACCGGACACGUGGGACUCAUUCCCCCUGUUCCAAAUUCUCAACGACUAUCUCAGGACUGAUGAGAACCUUAAAGGUGGCAGAUUCCAUGAACACCUGCGAGAAACAUUUGCACCAUUGGUGGUUAGAUACGUGGACCUGAUGGAGUCUUCCAUUGCGCAGUCCUUACACAAAGGCUUUGAAAAGGAACGUUGGGAAAUCAAAGGAAAUGGAUGCUCUACCAGCGAAGAACUAUUCUGGAAACUUGAUGCCUUGCAAUGCUUCAUCAGAGAUUUGCAUUGGCCUGAGCCAGAGUUCCGGUCGCACUUGGAACAACGACUCAAGCUUAUGGCCAGCGAUAUGAUGGAAACUUGCAUUCAGAAAACUGAAGCGUCCUUCCAGGCGUGGUUAAAGAAAAGCGUUACAUUCAUGUCGACGGAUUACAUUCUGCCUGCUGAAAUAUGCGCCAUGGUGAACGUGGCUUUAGACGCAAAGAAUCAGGCGCUAAAGUUGUGCGCUGUUGAGGGAGUGGACAUUUACCAGUACCAUGCUAAAAUGGAUGCUCAGAUCGAGGCGUGCCUGUCCGCGAUGCUGACGGGUAUGACGUCGCGCCUGUCCGCGGUCCUUGAGGCGACGCUGGCUAAGAUCGCCCGCUUCGAUGAGGGAAGUUUGAUCGGGUCGAUACUGACGAUCGCGAACGUGUCGGGCUCGGGGAAGGACAUCGGCCAGGGGUACGUCAACUUCAUGAGGAACUCCAUCGAUCAGAUCAGAUCCAAGGUGACAGACGAGCUGUGGAUCCUGCAGCUGUUCGAGCACUGGUACGGCGUGCAGAUCGACCUCAUCAACACCUGGCUCACCGAGCGGCCCGCGCUCCAUCCGCAGCAGGUCGCCUGCCUGUCUAUUGUGUUGAAGAAAAUGUACGGAGACUUCGAGCUGCAGGGCGUGAUCGAUGACAAGUUGAACUCCAAGUCCUACCAGGCGGUGGCAGCACGGAUGCACACUGAGGAGGCCACGUGCAGCUUGUUGCUGGCUCAACAGGAUGCUGGUGGCAGCGAGGAGGGUGGGUCCGAAGAAGGCGCCAAAAGCGGCAAAUCGAAACUGGAAUCACUCACAGAGGAAGCCAAACUUGGAAACGUUACGGCUGUUGUCGGAAAGGUUGGCAACAUGUUUGGACGCGGCAUUGGCGAGCUGUCGACGAAAUUGGGUGGAGCUUCAUCUUGGUUUUAGCGCUUCGUACUCUCUUCUGGCAUAAUACCUAUUUCGCCUGUCGAUGUUAUAAGACGAAUACCACAUUAUUUAAAGUAUUAAAUUCAUAAUAUUAUAUAAAUGGACUGUGAUGUCGAAAAAAUAUUUAAUUUGCAUUCGAUUUGCGAAUAUUGCCGCCAUCUUGUGACAUAAUGGCGUCGAGUCGCGUCGUGUAGUUUAGUAAAACUAGUGUAAACGAAGUUUAGAUUUUAUUUUAUAAAAGCUUUAUGUACAGUUAGAGCGUUAUUCUUUAGGAGCAUAACAUGUAUUAGGUGUGAAUAAUAAGAGUAGUAUUUGAUAAAGGUUGAUAUAAUAUUAUAAAUAUGGAUGCAUACAUGUAAGACAAUGCUACAAUAAGAAUACAUAUCGCUUGUGCAAAAAUUAUAAUCGGAGUAUUUAUAACAAAUAUCUAUAUUUAAUAUUCUAUUUAUUUUUUGCGACUACUUGUAUUGCAAAGAUGCGCUCUUGAACUACUUUGAACACUUUCCCGACCAUAGACAUCUACUUAUUUUUUAUUAAUCUAUUAAAAACUUAAAUACGUAUAAUUAUAUAAGUACUUUCAGAAUAAAUUAAUAUUCACUUACAAGUGCUUAAAUCUUUAAACGCUUUCGAUUAUAAGUCUUGAAAUAAAAACAAAAAAAAACAUUUCACGUUCACCACGUAACGACUAAAUAAUAAAAAGUUCGUGCCAGAUUGGCCUUAAAAGUUAAUAAUAAAAUAUAGUAAGUAAAUAAUGCAUUUGAUUCCUUAAUCUCAAGCUUAAAAAUUUUAAUGAACUUAAGUAUGAAAGCGUUACCUUCGAAAUUUUAACUAACCUAAUAUGUAUCUAUUAAUAUGCAAUAGAUUUGAUAAGUGUUUUUGUGAAAGAUGCCUUAACUAAGUGAGCUGUUAUAUCGACGAAGCCUUAACAGAUACAUUCCAACACCUUAGGACGAUCAUAUUCACCAUCAAAUGAUCCUUUUCUGGAGUAAAAAAUAAAGCAAUUGAGGUUUCAAAUUUAAGUAGACUACCUGAAGGUUUACUGUUGCCAAAGCAUUACAUAAAAUAUUUCACAUACAACAGUAGUUUAACAAAAACACUUAGUUAAGAUCUAACUCGUAGCAAUUGUUUGGCAGUAGGAUGGUUCUAUAUAGAUUGAAUUUCUUUAGACUCUUUAAAAUCUAUUCAACCUAGAUCAAUCUUUACUAAUACUAGGCAGAUAUUUUACUAAAUACUAACUACUAUAUUUGUUAACGUAAAACAUAUUCUUCUACGCUAAAUAACUUACAAAUUUUUGAAACUAGACAGUUAAAGUUCUUAGAUAAAAUUUUAAAAUCUAAACUCUAAAGUAUAGUGACUAGUUUUUACGAUGAUUUGCCUUAUAUUCGGGAUGUGGCUUGUACGAUUGAUUUUCUAAUUUAUACCUACAUGAAAUUAUUUUUUAUUCGUCAUGUCAUAAAAACUAUUUACAUAAUAAUUAUAUUAUAAAAUUAUUUUUAAAUUCUUCACAGGACCAAUCACUCUGUUAGGUUAUAAAAUUCUUCUCUAUAUUACGCCACUUUCACAAAAUGCUAAAGAAUUGUACUUAGUUUAAUUCCAUGUAAACUCUAGCAAUAAUCUAAAUUAACAUCUUCUACUAUUUUUUCACGCUAGCGACAC